AUGACAGAACCGGAAUAUGCUUUGCUACUGGCUAAAGCACGAGUUGUAACAAAAUCAAAGAGUAUCGACAUUUUAACAGAUUUUGAUAUAUCUCAAGAAUACUCUCGGCAAAUGAAUAACACUCAUCAAUACGGUUUGCCUAAAUGUCAACAGUGCCAUCGAAUUGGUAUCAUUGGCGCAGGAGUAUCAGGCUUGUACGCUGCUAUUCUACUAGCAAAGUCAGGUCAUACUGUCAUCAUCUAUGAAGCUAAUCAAAUAGCAGGUGGCCGUAUUUAUACAUAUCGGGAUUCAAAAAAUCCUAAUUUAUUCUUUGGUGAAUUGGGUGCUAUGCGCUUUCCUCUCAACGCUCAUCCAUAUUUAAAUACAAUGAUACGAGACAAAUAUCAACUCAACGUCACUGAAUUUCCAUCAUAUGAUCCGAAUACAAUUGUAUAUAUAAAUGGAAUUUCUGUAACUAUGAAACAAGCUGACGAAAAUCCUGAUUUAUUUGGAUUUAAAGUUAACAUAACCGAAAAAGGAAAGACACCUGAUCAAUUGUGGAAUGAAGCUGUACAACCAUUGCUUAAUCUAUUUUUCACUCAAGGUUGGAAUGCUGUUAGAACUCGAUGGGAUUCAUACAGUAUCAGUUCAUAUCUUGCUUCAGUCGGUUUAUCACGUGCAGCGAUUGACUAUAUAAGCUUAAUGUUAAAUUUAGAAACAAAUUUAUUUACAUCACUUCUCGAAAGUAUUCGUGACAUGCUUAUACUAAAUGAUUCUAUCAAAUUCUAUCAAAUCCAAGGUGGAAAUGAUUUAUUAAUUAAUGCUAUGGUUAAUGAAUGUUUAGCGAUUGAACAAGGACGAUGUAGUUUGUUAUUAAAUAGUAAAGUCACUCAAAUACAAUUGUAUGCCUCAGAACGUGUUCGAAUUGUAUCUUCAAAUAAUACCAACAAUAAUAAUCUAUUUGAUUCAGUAAUUGUAGCCACUACAGCUCCAGCUGCUCAAUUGAUCGAUUUUGAUAAGAGAUCAGAUUUUACUGAGAAAUAUCGAGCAAUGCGACAAGUACAUUAUGAUUGUUCUAGCAAAGUUAUUCUUUUCUUCAAUUCAUCAUGGUGGUACAAUAAUGAGAAUAUAAAUGGUGGUCGAAGUAUUACUGAUCUUCCCAUUCGUUUUGUUUAUUACCCACAAAAUUCGAAUGUAAACGGUGGUGUUAUACUUGCUUCAUAUACUUGGUCACAAGAUUCAUUACUAUGGCAAUCACUUAGUGAUGAUGAUGCGAUUGAACUUGCUUUAAAAAAUUUGAUUGAAAUUCAUCCAACAACUGGUGAUAAUAUGCGUGAUUUCUUUCGAGGAGGCAAAGUAAAACAUUGGUGUCAAGAUGAAUACGUAAGAGGUGCUUUUGCAUUGUUUACACCUUUGCAAGAAACAGAUAUUUUUGAUGUAUUAAAAGCAUCUGUAUCAAACAUUCAUUUUAUUGGGGAACACACUAGUUCAGCACAUGCUUGGGUUGAAGGUGCUCUUUUAUCUUCAUUACGUUCAGCUCUUAUCAUCCAAGAAGAAACAUAUGAUGUUGUAAUCAUUGGUGGAGGACCAAUUGGUUUAGCAACAGCUGUUCGUCUAGCAUUAAAGCAAUCUACAUUGCGUAUUGCUGUUGUUGAACAAGGUAAUUUAUUGAAUUCUGAUGGUAGUUCAGGAACAUUUGAUCAGCGACAAUUUCGACAAAUGUAUAAUGAAAUUUACUUAGCUGAAUUAGCUAAUCUUUCUGUACCUCUCUGGCAAGAAAUUGAACAAUUAGCUAAUUUAUCACGGGGUUCUAUUCUUAACACUGAUGAAGGUUAUUUAUUCUAUGGUGAUUUUAAUUCAUCUGAGACGGUUGAAGGAGAUCUUCCAUCUAUUCAAAAAACAUGUGAAUUACUUCAGAUGGAUUGUAUUUAUCUAAAUAGUACUCAAUUACAAACUCGGUAUCCUUUUUUCAAAUUUGCUCCACAUUAUCAAGGACUUUUACAUUCCCAAUCGGGUUAUAUUAAUGUUACAACACUGAUCAAUGCACUUCUACGUAUUAUAGAACAGAAUCCAAGAAUAAUACUUCGUCAAAAUGAAGAGUUUCUUUCCAUUGAUAAAACAAAUUAUACACAUAUUGUAACAAGUCGUGGAUCAAUACGUGUCAAACAUAAAACACUUUUCAUACCUGGUCCUUUUGUCAAGAAUGUAUCUCGUCUUCUUGGUUUUGAUCUUAAUGUCACUCUAUGGGAAAUGCCAUAUGUUAAUUUUCGCUUGCGACCAAAUGCCACACAAAUACCAACAUGGUUUGUGUGGGCUGGUGCGGAUUUGCAAUCGUUGUUUUCUGGCUUUUCUAUUGAUCCUACAUCGGAUUAUAUAUUUGUUGUAGCGAGUUUUAUUCAAAAUUUAUCUAACGCUUUAUUAUAUCCUGCACAACGAACUAAUAUUGCUGAUCCAUUUAUCAUAAAGAAAAUUAUUGAUUUUGUCACACAAAAUCUGGCACAAGUUGAUCCAAAUGAUUAUUUUGUUAAAAAUCGAACAUGUUUAGCAACAUUUUUACCUGAUAAUGGUUUUCUACUUGAUUAUGUGCCUAAUACAAACAAAAAAGUAUUGAUACAAGCUGCUGGUUGGGGAAUGAAAUUUGUUCCGAUAUGGGCAGAUAUUCUUUCCGAUAUGGUACUCCUAAAUUCAAGUGAUGCUUCGUCCUAUGCAAAAUAUUUACCCUACUUUUCAUUAUCGAGACCCUAUAGACUUAUAACAAAUAUUACUGAAGGAUCAUCAGUCUUAUCCAAAGGAUUUAAUAAGCUUUCUUUCUCCUUUUAUUAUCUGAUUAUUUUGGCACUGGUGAUAAUAUUGUGUAAAGACUGAUGAUCAAGUUUUGAUUAUUUUGUAUCUCUUAUAAUGAUGAUACUUGUAAAAACUUGGGGCAUACCAAAAAAUUAGUGGUGGCAAGAGAAAAGUGUACAAAAUAAAGGGUGCGGGUGUGGGGUCUAUGACUGUUGUGUGUAAGAUAAUUGUGUGUAAGACAAUUAUGAGAACAGACAAUGAUGUGCAUAUCAAUUUAUUUAAUUUGCACUGACUAAUACUAGUGAAAGAAAGAGCAUGAAAAUAAUAUCUAUGCAUCAUUUAAAGAUACUCGUGGUUUACAAAUUUCAGGCCUUAAUCCGCUUUACAAUUAUUGCGAAGAUUAUUGUUCCAGGAAGCUUCGAAACCAGAAAAGAAGAAUAGUUUCAACACUUCCAAUCAGAUUUUAGAAAUCACACAGUUUGUUGAGGAAUCAAUUCGAAAACAAACAACGCUGUCGGAGUGAUACUGAUGACUUACCAAUAUCAUAGACUUAACCAUCCUGGAUUUUGAUGAUUUUUCGAGAAAUCUUCAAACAGAACAAUCAUAUGUAGGCAGUGAAAUUUCUCAACUAGUAACAAGUCUCACACUAAAACCAAUGAGAAUCAAAACUCAACAAACGGCAUUCAAAGUUUUGUGGUUUUUAAAAAGUCUUACAAAAAAUAAUAAAAAAAACUAAAAGCGAUUGCUCAUGCGUUCAUGUUAUAAUUGUUCACUGAUUUGUUCAUCGUGAAUUAUUUUUUGUUAUUUGAUUACUUUUCUUUUGUUCAUUACCUUUUUUUUUAGAAAAAUAUUUAUUUACGCAUAAUAUAUAUACAGUCAUUUUGCACACAAUUGCCUACACACAGCUAUCUAACACACAAUUGUCCAUUCACACAAUUGCCUUACACAUAAUUGUCCGCACACACAAUUGUCUGCACACAAUUGUCCUACACACAAUAGUCUUACACACAAUAGUCGUGCUCCCGUGGAUGUGGGUGUGUUGGUGUGUGUGGAUUUGGUUGUGGGUGCGGAUAAAGAGACAAUCUACACUCACACCCACACUCUCAAGUUUUUGCUCCAGGAAAUAUUUAACUUACUAGCCAUGACUAUUCAUGCAUGGUCAAUUCGUUUUAAUACGUUUGCUGGAAGUUUUUUUUUGGACAAUCAUCUAUUAAAAAAUUCCUCAUCUUCAUUAUAGCAGGUAGGGUGUGAGU